CUUCUCUAUCCCCCUCACGCAUCUACCUCGGAGCUCCCGUGCUGCCUUCUUCACCCAUCAUGUCCCGGCAAUCCACCAUCACUUUCCACUCCGGCAGCCGCAGGGGCUUCAGCACAGCCUCAGCCACCACGCCUACCGCUGGACGCUCCCGCUUCAGCUCUGUGUCUGUGGCCCGCUCCUCAGGAAACAGUGGGGGACUGGGCAGGAUCAGUGGUGUUGGUUCUGGCUUUGGGAGCCACAGCCUCUACAACCUGGGAGGGACCAGGCGGGUCUCCAUUGGUGGAUGUGCUGGCAGUGGCUUCAGGGGUGCCUUUGGUAGCAGGGCUAGCAGUGGCUUUGGCUAUGGAGGUGGCAUUGGAGGGGGCUUUGGUGGCCCUGGCUUUGCUGCCUGUCCCUCUGGAGGCAUUCAAGAAGUUACUGUCAACCAGAGUCUUCUGACCCCCCUCAACCUGCAAAUCGAUCCCACAAUCCAGCGGGUACGGAAAGAAGAGCGGGAGCAGAUCAAGACUCUGAACAACAAGUUCGCCUCCUUCAUUGACAAGGUGCGCUUCCUAGAACAGCAGAACAAGGUCCUGGAGACCAAGUGGAAUCUCCUGCAGGAGCAGAGCUCCAGAACAGUCAGACAGAACCUGGAGCCUUUCUUCGAUGCGUACAUCAAUGAUCUCCGCCGGCAGCUGGAUGGCGUCACAGCUGAAAGAGGCCGACUGGAUGCUGAACUGAGGAACAUGCAGGAGGUUGUAGAAGACUUCAAAGUCAGGUAUGAAGAUGAAAUUAACAAGCGUGCGGCUGCCGAGAAUGAGUUUGUGGGCCUGAAAAAGGACGUAGAUGCUGCCUACAUGAACAAGGUGGAGCUGGAAGCAAAGGUCGACUCUCUGACUGACCAGACCAACUUCUACCGGAUGAUCUAUGAGGCAGAGCUGUCUCAGAUGCAGAACCAAGUGAGUGACACCUCUGUGGUCCUGUCCAUGGACAACAACCGCAGCCUGGACCUGGACAGCAUUAUCGCUGAGGUCAAGGCCCAGUAUGAGGACAUUGCCAACCGCAGCCGGGCAGAGGCUGAAUCCUGGUACCAGACCAAGUACGAGGAGCUGCAGGUGACAGCAGGCCGGCAUGGUGAUGACCUCCGCAACACCAAACAAGAGAUUUCAGAGAUGAACCGGAUGAUCCAGAGGCUGAGAUCUGAGAUUGAUGCUGUCAAAAAGCAGUGCUCCAGCUUGCAAACUGCUAUCUCGGAUGCUGAGCAGCGUGGAGAGCUAGCUCUCAAGGAUGCUCGGGCCAAGCUAGUGGAGCUUGAAGAUGCCCUACAGAAGGCCAAGCAGGACAUGGCCAGGCUGCUGCGUGAGUACCAGGAGCUCAUGAAUGUCAAGCUGGCCUUGGACGUGGAAAUCGCCACCUACAGGAAGCUACUGGAAGGCGAGGAGUGCAGGCUGAGUGGAGAGGGCGUUUCCCCAGUGAACAUCUCUGUGGUCACUUCUACGGUUUCCAGUGGCUAUGGUGGUGGCGCCAACAUUGGAGGUGGAAGCCUAGGUCUUGGUGGGAACAGUGGCUACUCCUUCACAACCAGUGGUGGGCACAGCCUGGGCACAGGUCUGGGAGGCUCUGGCUUUACCACCAGCAGCAGCCGGGGCCCAGUGGGAAGUGGCUCCAGCAUCAAGUUUGUCUCCAGCACAUCAUCCAGCAGGAAGAGUUACAAGCACUGAGGUGGCCAGCCAGCAGUCCCCCUGGCCACUGCUCCAAAGUCUCCUUACACUUAUAACUAGAUGCCUGGGCCCUUCCCCCAUCUCCUCUUCACAAUAGCCCCCUUCUCAGCUGCCAGGGAUCCUGGCUUCCUGGCUAAACCCAUUCCCUGGCCUACAGCAGCCUCCUGACAGUCCUAGGCUGCUCCUGGUACUUCUUUGUGUUAGAUACCACAGACCCAAAGCUCAUGCCCCUCCAAAGUUCACAAAUCAAUGGAUCUGCCAGGUCCAGACAUCUGCAAAUGCCCCCAGACAUUUGCAAAUGCCCCCCAAACAUCUGCAAAUGCCCCUUCAGUGCCACCUGCCCCUUUCCUCCAGGUGCAGGGAUGGAGGAUUCUGUUUCUCCCAGGCCAUCCUCAAUGCCAGGCUGUCUUACCCUUCCCUGGCUACUUAUAAACUGCCAGCUAGAGUCAAAGCUCCUCUGUUUCCACCUGGAAUGUGCCUAUUAAAUGCAUGUGUCAUGUA